AUGAAUAAUAUCAACAUCAAUAACAAUAAUAAUAAUAUUACUAAAAAAAAUAUUAAUAAAAACAACAAUCAUAAAAAAUAUUACGAUGUUUUAAUUGUUGGUUGUGGUCCAAAUGGAGCACUAUUAGCAAAUUUCCUUGGAGAAAUGGGAAUUAAAACAUUGGUUGUGGAAUGUGCCAAAACUUUUACUCAAGUCCCAAGAGCUGCACAUUUAGAUGAUGAAGGUUUAAGAAUUUUAAAAAGAAUUGGAUUGGAUGAAGAAAUUUUAAAACAAUCAUUUCAACUUGAUGUUAAAUUUAAUAAAACAUUUUGUAGUGGUAAUUUAACAUCAAUUAAACCAGAAAAUACUGAAUUAAAUUUUCCAAGAUCAAUUUUUUGGUUUCAACCAAAAUUUGAAGAAACAAUUAGAAAUGGUUUCUUAGAAAGAUAUUCAAAUUGUGUUGAUUUAAUUACUGAUUGUAGAGUUGUUUCAAUUGAAAAAGAGAAAUUCAAUAUUGAUGAUGGUGAUAACCAAGAUGAAGAAAAUCAAAUUAAAUUAAAUAAUAUUAAAAUUGAAAAUCUUACAACUGGUGAGAUAUCAAAUUUAAAGAGUAAAAUUAUAAUUGGUGCUGAUGGUGGUAAUAGUUUUAUAAGAAAAUCAAUUGCUAGUAAAAUGGAAGGUUCCAGUAGUAAACAAAGAUGGUUAGUAGUUGAUGCCAAAAUUGAUAAAGAUCAUCCACCAUUGCCACAUUAUUUUCAAUUUAUUUGUAAUCCAUCUAGACCUGCUCUAACUUUACCAAUUCCACCAAACCAUUAUCGUUGGGAAUUUUUAAUAAAUGAAAACGAAAAAUCUGAAGAAAUGGAGAAACCAGAGAUUCUAAACCCACUCUUACAAAGUCAUGGUGCUGAUAUAAGCAAAUUGGAAAUCAUUAGAAAAGCAUGCUACGUGUUCCAAAAUAGAAUUGCUGACAAUUGGUACAACGGCGACACCACAUUACUCAUUGGAGAUGCUUGUCAUUUGGUUCCCCCAUUUCUAGGUAUGGGCAUUUCUAGUGGCUUUAGAGAUGUUCAAAAUAUUGCAUGGAAAAUAGAACUAUUUUUAAAAGGUGUAAUUUCAAAUCACCAAACACUCUUCUCAUCCUACCAAAUUGAAAGACAGCCAAACAUUGAAAAUAUCACUGAAAAAGCUACACAUGCUGGAGAAAUGAUUAUGAUUACCAAUAGAUACAAAGCAUUUCUUCGUAAUCUUUUAUUAUCAACUUUACUUUCAUUCCCAUCAAUCGAAAAAUUAUUUCAUAACAAAGCCGGUAUGAAACCACCAAAUAUUAUCAAACAUGGGCUAAUUGAUUCAACUUCAUCAUUAACAACUCUACAAUCCAAUACAUUCAAAAUAAAUAUAAUCGGUCAAUCAAUUCCUCAACCUUUUGUUAAAUUAAUUAACAAACAAAUCAAACAACAAUCAAAUGAAAUUUUAUUAGAUGAAGUUUUAGGUAAUGGUUUCAGUUGUUUAUUCUUUAAUUUCAAUAAAAAUGAUAAAAAUUGUGAAUUUAAUAAAUUGGUUUCAAAAAUUAUUUCAAAUCAAGUUUUUAAAAUUUUAAAAACAAAUUUUAUUCAAGUUAUUGGAAAUAAUCAAAAAUAUUCAAAAUUAUUCACAAAAUCAUCAUCCUCAUCAUUAUCAUCCUCUUUAUCAAUUAUAUUGGAUGAUUCAAAAGAAUCAUUAUUUAAAUUCAUUUUUAAUAAUAAUAAUUCUAAUAAUCAAACACUUGAACCAACAAUAGUAAUAAUUAGACCUGAUAAAUUUAUAUUUGGAGUUUAUCAAAAUGUAAAUUUAAAAAGUUCAAAAAUUAUAUCAUCAAUUACAAGUAUAUUAAAUAUUAACUAUAAUUAUGCUUUCAAUUAUGAUAAUAUUAAUUUUACCAAUAAUAAUAAUAAUAACACCACUGGUGGUAGUGCAAGUGAAAGUGAAAAUUCUUUCAAUAGUCAUGUUCAUAGUGGUAAUAGUUUAGGUGACAUAAGUGGUGAUGAUAAUAAUUCUGAUAUUUUAGAAGAAUUUAAUUAA